AUGAAGUUCACUAUUGUCAUCACCUCUGCUGCCCUCCUCCUAGCCCCAGCUGUCAAUGCUUGGACUAAGGAUGCCGCCGGUGUCUGGGUCGCCAACAACACCUUUUACACGAUCAGAGGAUCUACUGUUCACGAGUCAUGCACUACCAUGAACACCGAGAAUGUCCAUGCCCACGGCGACUAUUGCGCUUACUGGAUUAACGGCAUUGGUCAGAAGUACAAAGGACACUGCAAGAAAACUGGUAACUCUGUUCUCUGUAUUUGA